CAUUCCUAAUUUUAUGGAAACCAUCUUAAAAUACUCGGCGAAACAUCUCUCCUCUGAGAGCUUCUGCUUCUUUCAUUCUGCGCGUCUACUUCUCCUUCAGCAGGAAGUCAACAGGAAGUGAAAAAAACCACAGAUUCAGUCACACAAACAGACUGCAAGUGUUGCAGAUACUUUGCAUACUGGCUGCUUAUGGUCUAAUUCACUUUUCACCAAGAUUCUUUAGGGCAUAUUUGAUUGGGUCUUUGUCAAAGUUGCACGAUUUCUGCCAUUUUUUAUCUCCCUAAAAACCUAAUGGAAUUUUAACAUAUGGUGUAGUAUUUAUUUCAUAUUCCAGACAUCUCUUCUUGAAUUUUGGUAUAAAAUGGAAUAAGGCAAAUCAAGAACUCCUAGUAUUUGCAACUAAUUUUACAGCCAUGAACAGUGAUAUAUACUCGUCUGCACAGCUGCAGUCCUGUUAUUUCUGUGCUAUGCUGUACUUUCGGUGCUUCUUUUACUUUCACACUCCAGAAACCUGAUGAAAUUUUAGCGCCGGUGUAUCCCCCGUUUUAGCUCAGAAGUGCACUUGUACAGUCUUGUGUCGGACGAGCACACGUCUCAGAGAUGGCGAGGGGGGAGAAGGAGGGGGUUAGAGGAACAGGAAGAGAAAUGCAGUCAGAGUAAGUCCGCAUUCUGCCUGAGUCAGUCCUCAUUACAUUUAAUCGAAACUUUUUUCUCUGUUUUCGCGCCAGUGAUGCAUCGGCGAGUCAGUAAUGUUGCCGUCGGCUGUUGACGAUUUGAGGAGGUGAUGCCCAACAAAGCAGAAAAGCUUCACAUGUUAGUGGUCUGACUGAUGUUGAAGUCAAUGGAAGUCAGCGCCGAAGGUCUUAGUGCUAAAGAUGAACUUACAGAAGCGGAGCUUCUCGAGCCUCUGUUCAUCUAUGAGGAAGGGGAUGAGAUAAAGAACGGGGCCAACGGCAGAGAUAACGGCAGCAAUGGCGGCGAAGCUUCCAGCGUAGGCAGGGAAGCGGGAGAAAGUGUCGAUAUGGAGGGAGAAGAGGGAGACACAGAGACGGAGGAUUUCGGAAGGGAGGCAUGGAGGGAAAAAGAGGAGCAGAAAGAAAGAGAGACAGGCGACGAGAGAGAGACUGAGCAGCCCGGAGAGACGAAUUUGGAGGAAGGGAGAAGAGACAGAGUGACAGAUGAGAGACAGACAGAUACGUUGGAAGAGCAAAGAAACAUAGACAUGGAGACAGAUGUCCACCAUGGAGAAGAAAACCACAAUGGAGCACGUUCUGAAAAAGAGGACACAGCCAAAGACACUGAUGUAGAGAAAGGUGGAGAGAGAAAGGGUGAUGAGUUAGAAACCAUUCCAGGUUUACAGAUUCCUGUUAAAACAUCCACUGUGGUGAAAUCCCGAGACAGGCUGAGUCCACCGGAUGCCCAGAAACAGAUUCGCAGGUUAACCCCGGACUUUCCGGACUCCCUGUAUGAGCUGCUCUGCUCCCUUCAGGAGGGACGAAGGAUGAAUGACCAGCGCUGCUCUUUCGGCUUGGAGAGAAGGUGUCACUCAGAACCAAGCACCCCUGUCCUCCGACACAAAGUGGUUUUCUCCUCAAUGACAUCAAUCCAGAAGGAGGAGUUCUUUGAGCUACUGGCCACCUCCCAAGGCCGUCGGCUUGAUGACCAGAGGGCAGAGCUACGCGACCCUACACGACGAGUACUUCGCUGGAGGAAUAUCAGUCUACGGAAGAACAGCCUGAAGGAUCCAGAGAUAAAGGAAGCACCGGCCAAACCAGUUCCAAAGGAGGACCUUUAUAAUAUGAUUCUAACCUCUCAAGCCCAAGGAAGGAUGGAAGACCAGCGCUGUGCCGCCCCUGGGCCAAUGGACGACGAGGACUUCUUCUCCCUGUUGCUGAAAGUCCAAGGAGGACGGAUGGACGAACAGAGGACUGAGAUGCCCGUGCCGCUCCGAGACUGAAGGGCCGAGUGAGCAGUCAGGAGGCGGACAGAAGCUGCCCUGUUACCCAGCUUCUCAGCCCUGGCUCACGCUCCUCAGACUUUUCCUAUGGACUCGUAGCACCUGCCUGUCCAUGAUUGCUUGAGUUACCCAUUCAAGUUUUUUAUAUACGUGUUCAGUUGAGAUAUAAACUGCAUUUGCACGAUGCUCUCUGAAGUAUAAUCUGUCUCAUUUCGGCGCAUGUGAGCCGCUGUUUGGGACGGUGUGCUAGUGUGAGUGUGUGCUUGUUCAGUCCAGCUAUUGAUGAAUGUCACCGAGGUAUUUAUACCGAAAUACAGCAGAAAAGUACUUCAGCUUCAAUCCAUUUUUCAAAUGUAAGUUAUUAAAAGGCACAUCACUGCAAGUGUCAUAUAAUUUAAAGGCUAUGAGUGUUACUGGUCUGGGUAGACAUCAAAUAAAAUAAGAUCCAAAGAUGA